AUGUGCUACGCUGUCAUAAAAAUAGCAUCAAAUUUUGCACUUUUCCAUGCUAUGACUACAUAUUGCGAGGGUGUGGGGGAAUUCAGUUACUUGCAACACUACUCGAGCUUAUUUACUGAUCAAAUCAAGUCAUGCAAACUCCUAGAAAAUGCUGAGAAAGUUUAUGAAUUACAAAUUUGA